AUGCGAAGGUGCACCUUCAACAAGUUGGCCAAGUUCUGCCUGGCCAAGCAGCACACAAACUAUGUCCAUAUAAUCUCGCGAAAUUACAAAGACGUGAUCAAAGUGCAAGACAUUGUGGCCGAGUGGUUAAGCAAAACCGAGCCCGUUGAGGGGGUGGCGCGUGAAAAGCCUUCUGCCACCACCCAGCAGCAGGCAAAGAAGGGUGCCCGGGUGGUGCGGCUGCAAAGGAAGGGCGGGCAGGUGGUGCAGAGCUGCGAUGUGUACAUAGGGCGUCGGUGGACCAUGGGCGGGUGGAACCUCCCGCAGAGCAAGUGGGCCAACCCCUUCACCGCGCGCAAGGCGGGUUCGGCGGCGGAGGCGGUGCGGCUCUAUGAAGAGGAUCACCUCAGCAAGCGGCCGGACCUGCUGGCUGAACUUGGUGAGCUGCGUGGUAAGACGCUGGGCUGCUGGUGCAAGAAGAAGCCCAGCGACCCUUGCCACGGCGAUGUGCUCGUGCGUCUCGUCAACGCCACGCCCGAGUAA